UGACACUAUUAUUUAUACAAAUUCAUUCUGAAACCAAUAUUUUUCUGUCAACCAAAGUGAUUUGAUAGAUUUGAUUUGAUCUUCCUUCUCUGAUCUUUUUUAGUCACUCUUGAUAGUGAAAUAGAAUAUCAGGUUCCUUGUUUAUUCAAUUUUUACCUGUAAAGUGUUCUUUUACAGAAUCAGUUGUUUGCAUGGAGUAUUUUUGCCAGGUGAGUCUCGUAGAUAGAUGGUGGAAUAAAUAACAAAAUUGUAAACAUCACGUGGUUAUCAGUCUAGGAAUUUUAAAGAGUAAACUGUUUCUCAUCUAUUCCUCCACCUGCAAACAUAUCACCCAACAAAGUUAUACAAUUCUUUGUUGAGACAUAACUGCAUUCAUCUACCGUCCAGCUGUCUUGAUGAAAAAGUAGAAUUGUCAAAAAUGUUCAUCAUGGUGUAAAAUUGUAUUUUGGCCCAUCAUCCAGGACUUUAAAACAUACACAAUUCAUGAUGAUAAUGUUAGAGACAGUUCAAGCAUUUUGUGACAAAGUUAGUCACAGAAUAUGAGUUUGUUUUGCUGAUUGUAAACCAGUUUUGGUGUAGAUUGAAGAAGGCCUGUUAUAGAUAAUGACAGUUUUAUCUGUAUUCCACCAACAGGGUUUAAAACUUAAAUUUACAGCUUCAUAUGGCAAUGACAGAAACGAGAGAAUGCAGCUUUUCAAUUCUGGUAAUUGUAUUUCAGAAUUAUAACCUGUUUUUGUUUGAAUGUACUGGUUUUCAUUUUAAGUUAACAUUGUUAAUGUUACAAACCCUAUUGGCUGGUAUAGUAAGCCAGGGGCUAGUGGAUUGUGAGAUCAGGCUGGCAGAUUCUGACUCUCACUUGCCCAAUGGGCAAGAGGAUUUUUUAUGGGACCAAAUAAAAGUGUGUUACUGAAUGAACAUCACAAACAGAGAAGUGAACAACUGAAUUUUCUAUUGGUUUAUUGAAGUACUGAGUCACUAACUAGUAUUUUCCCUUUGUCGAAUUAGAAGUUGACAUGCACUGGUUUGAGCAGCUCAUCAUUCACUUCUCAAUGAAUAAUAGAUCACAUUUUCUGCAUAUUUGUGAGUUUGUAGACUUGACUGCACUUUGUUCUCUUCAAUAGAGGAAGAAAUUCCACACAAAGUAGAACUGGAAAUGGGCUACACUCAGGGGCCUUGUAUUCGGUUUGAGUGCUCAAGUAUUGAGCACAAUGUAACAGAGAAAGCUGGUUUCCUGGAAAAUUGUGAGGACCACCCCGAGGAGUUCAUGAAAAUUCUUAGCCAGAUGAUUUGUCACCUUUUGGGGAUUGAUACCAACAGUGAGUAAGAUAAUUGUGUCUGUUAUCAAUGAAAUGGUUCUUUUUGUUGUAAUAUCACUUGCAAAUGAGUUUUCCUAUUGAGAUCUGUGUCCUUUUUGUUUGGCAGGUCCUCGUUUGCCUCCUGGAGAGGAAGUCCUUUUAAUCCAAAAAGAUUAUGCAAAUGCAGGGACAAGAGCCUUUAGGAGGAGUGCCCCUGCAAUCACUCUUCAAGAAAGUCCAGAAAUAAACAAUUUCCUUUACCAAGGGGGUAUCAACCAGAUGAGCAUCCUCUGGCUGCUGUCAGAAUUUGCUGUGAUAAAAUUCCUCAAGGCAAUAUAAUAACAAGAUUAAAUGUGAACUUGUGUUGUUUUGGCUUUCUAUGCAGUGUCAGAAUGCAAUGCCCACUUGAAUCUCAGAAACAUCUGAGCAGAAAAUGUGCUCUUUCACAACAGGCAGAGCAAGCAGAGCAAAGCAAAUCCUUGUAGAUUUUUAAACAUUGAAUUAAAUUUUUUUUUAACUUCCCUUUUUAAAUUUUUUACCUAAAUGGCCACUUUUAAGUUUCUUAAUCUUAUAUUGUACCUCAUAUAAAGUCAGGAAUAUAUUUGUAAUUUAUUGUUAACUAGUAAUGUCUACAACAGUAUGGUUAGAGUUUCUUAUUCAAUUCUGGUACUGGCAGGGCAGCAAGGCAAAAGUCCUGAGAAAACCUGAGCAAGAAAACGUUUAAUUUAGUUAUCUUGUAAGCAAUACUUAACCCUUAAACUCCCAAGAUCCAAUUGUUAAUUCUCCUCUCUAGCUGCUACACAUUUUCUUGUAAAUUAGUUCAGAAAAUUUGGCAUCAGACCAAGAUAGCAACUUCUCUCUGAUAAGUUUGGGUAUUCUUAUCACCCAUUUACUGGAUAAUGUAUGGAUAUUAUAGGAAGAAGUUACAGGUUUGUCACUUCUGGGAGUUGAAGGGUUGAUUGCAAAAAGAUUUUCCAAAGGUUUGGCAACACUUAACCCUUUCCUUCCCCACCCCGAGCAUUCAUAUUUUCCAUCCUGUUUCCCUUAAAUUUCCUAUGAUACUGACAAGAAUUGUGUUUAAGAAUAAGGAGCUUCUUCAAUUGGUGAUUAUUUCCUUUAUUCUCAUAACCUCAACAUUCAGUUCAAGAGGUGAUACUGAAAGGAGAAAUUAGAUGCCAGACACUCAAGGUCUACAGUUUACCUAGAGAUUGACUUGGUUUUUAGUGGGUAAACUAUCAUGAGUAACUUGUUGUGGAUAAGUUGGGUUAUGCAAAGGGUUGUGAUGUUAAAAAAUAAAAAGCAGUAUGUUUAGAACAUAGCAAUAAAAUUCGUUCUGGUCAAAGUUGAUGUCACAUCAUAUUUGAAAGGAAAUACUCAAAGGACUUUAUUUUUCUCACUUUUCCCUGCAUCAUGUCAUUCUGGCUCUAUAAAUCAUAAAUUAACUUGUCAACAGAUUUUUGUCUCUAACCUGUGUAAUAUUUGUUGACAUGGACCCAUGAGAUACCCCUGUGUAAUUUUCUCAAAAACUUGUAGCAUUUCAAAGUAGAUAUUCACUUUAUUUAUUCCAACGUUCCAAUCUUUUAGUAGUAGC